GCCGGGCGCCCGCUAGCCCGCCGCCCCGCUCGGCGCCCGCUUGCUCGGCUGCUGCGCUCAGCCCGACGUCCGCAGCCCCAGGCAGCCAGGGGGCGGCGCCCUUUGCCCGGGCACUUUGGGCCGCUGACCGCGGGCUACGAGUCGUGCGGGUGCCGGGGGCGCCCGGUCUCCAGGCACUGCGGGGCUGCGGACUCGGCGCCCGGGAGAGGCGGGCGGGUGGCCCCCGGAGCGGGCGCCCCAGCCGGCCGUGACCGCCGGGCUUCCGGUCAGCGGAGGAUUUUCUCCGUCUCUUGGUGAACUUGAACAGAGGCAGAGGCAAAAGUGAAACGGACAAGCCUGUCCUUGUGCUACAGGCCAUCCUCACACGGCAGCCCAGCCCCCAGCAGCUGCAGAACCCCCUGCCAGCCACUGCCAGUGCACUCCAGAGGCACUACCAGGGGAACCAAAGCCCAGCAUGAGAGCUGAGUGCUGGGGGCAGGCAGACACCCCCAGAAGGCCGCUCUGACAGCCCUGCGGCCUUCUCCACACCAGAUUUCUGAGCCAGGAGGCGAGAGUCUUUAGAGCUCAGGGAUGGCGAAGUUCGUGAUACUCGGGCAGAAGCUGCAGCUACAGGGCCCAGCGGCUGGAGAUAAGUGAUGGUGCUAUUUGAGCACCUACUGGAAAUGAGGCAGGAGGAACAAUAACCCCAGGAGAGCCCAGGCUGGUGCCAGGAUGCAGAGAUGAGGCCUCUGGAGGCCCCGGCCUCCCCCUCACCUGGGUGCUAGGGGCCAUCCUGGGCUCCAGCCAGGGGCCCUGACGCCCAGGGGCAUGGCCAAACCUUUCUUCCGACUCCAGAAGUUUCUCCGCCGAACACAGUUCCUGCUGUUCUUCCUCACAGCCGCCUACCUGAUGACCGGCAGCCUGCUGCUCCUGCAGCGGGCCCGUGUGGCCCUCCCGCAGGGCCCCCCGAGGCCCAGCCCCCUGCAGGCCUUACCCGUGGCUGCCAUGGCACUGGGUGUGGGCCUGCUGGACAGCAGAGCCCUGCACGACCCCCGUGUCAGCCCAGAGCUGCUGCUUGGCGUGGACGUGCUUCGGAGCCCCCUGGCCCAGCCCCGGCCAGGACCCCGCUGGCUCCACAGCCGAAACUCGGAGCUGCGUCAGCUCCGGCGCCGCUGGUUCCACCACUUCAUGGGUGACCCCCAGGGGCUGCCUGCCCAGGGCCCCGAGGCCCCCAGGUCAGCUGCUAGCAGCAGAGGCACAUACAUCGGAUGCUUCAGUGAUGAUGGCCGGCAGAGAACUCUGAAGGGUGCUGUGUUUUUUGACUUGAGAAAGAUGACUGUCUCCCACUGCCAGGAUGCAUGUGCUGAGCGAUCCUACGUCUAUGCUGGCUUGGAGGCCGGGGCAGAAUGCUACUGUGGGAACCGGCUCCCAGUGAUGAGCGUCGGGCUGGAGGAAUGUAACCAUGAGUGCAAAGGGGAGAAGGGCUCCGUGUGCGGGGGUGUUGGCCGGCUCUCUGUGUACCGGGUGGAGGAGCUGCAGCUGGGCUCCAGGAAGCGGAGGACUGUCAUGUACCGCGGGUGCUUCAAGCUGCCAGAGAACAUCACAUAUGCCUUCCCUGACUCCCUGGUCCAGGCCAACAUGACAGUGGACAUGUGCUCAGGAUUUUGUUCCCAGAAAGAGUUCCCCUUGGCCAUCCUCAGGGGCUGGGAGUGCUACUGUGCCUACCCCACCCCCGAGUUCAACCUGCGGGAUGCUGUGGACGGCUCAAUGUGUGGCCAGGGUCCUGAGGUACAGAGGCUGGCGGAGUACUGUGAGGUCUACCAGACACCCGUGCAGGACACCCGAUGCACAGAUAGGAGGUUCCUGCCCACCAAGUCCAGGGUGUUCGUGGCUUUGUCAAGCUUCCCGGGAGCAGGGAACACAUGGGCACGGCACCUCAUCGAGCACGCCACGGGCUUCUACACGGGGAGCUACUACUUUGACGGGAUCCUCUACAACAAGGGGUUUAAGGGCGAGAAGGACCAUUGGCGGAGCCGGCGCACCAUCUGUGUGAAGACCCACGAGAGUGGCAGGAGGGAGAUUGAGAUGUUUGACUCAGCCAUCCUGCUGAUCCGGAACCCAUACAGGUCCCUGGUAGCCGAAUUCAACAGGAAAUGCGCCGGGCACCUGGGCUACGCGGCUGACCGCAACUGGAAGAGCAAAGAGUGGCCGGACUUCGUCCACAGCUAUGCGUCCUGGUGGUCAUCGCACGUCCUGGACUGGCUCAAGUACGGCAAGCGGCUGCUAGUCGUGCACUACGAGGAGCUGCGGCGCAGCCUGGUGCCCACGCUGCGGGAGAUGGUGGCCUUCCUCAACGUGUCUGUGAGCGAGGAGCGGCUGCUCUGCGUGGAGAACAACAAGGAAGGCAGCUUCCGGAGGCACGGCCGGCGCCCCCACGAUGCGGAGCCCUUCACCCCGGAAAUGAAGGACUUGAUCGAUGGCUACAUCCAGACAGUGGACAAGGCCCUGCGUGACCACAACUGGGCUGGGCUGCCCAGGGAGUAUGUGCCCAGAUGAUAGGCCCCGGCCGUCUCUGCCUGCCUCCCGAGUGCCGGCCGCCCCCAUGGGGCUGCAUUGCUCUCUGCUGCUACACAGCCGUCUCGCUUGCGCCGCCAGCAGGGAGGCCCGCUGGGUGCUAUCUGCCACAUGCAGGGAGACCCGGACACAAGCCCUUUGCCCACCCAGGCAGACAGGAUGUCACAGGGUGAACACAGAUGGGCACACAGGCCUCACCAUGCUUAGAAAUGCCAUCAUAUGCUCACAGCCCCCGUUCUGAGUUGCCCGAGCCACCGUGCAGGGUACACCAGCCCCUCCCAGACUUGCAGAUGCAGUCACAUACUAACAGCAGGUUAUCCACUCCCAGAGGCUGUCUGUCGUCUCUCUUACACACAGACACCUUUUGCACCCUGGGUUCUCAGAGGCCCAAGGCUUCCUGUUUCAAGCCCACUGCAAACUGGCUUGUUAGGGUUCCUGACGCUAGGAUUCUGGGCUGCGUGGGCAUCAGUGCUGUGAGCCACAAGGACUUGGCUUGGGGAGGGUUCACGGACUGUUGCUGCUGGGCCAUGGGGCCCUGACUGCAUGUCUGACAUCCCGUAAAUGUGUGUGGUGUGACAGUCGGGCACCACAAAUACUGUAGCGCUGCCUCUCCCUUCUCUGCAGACAGACUGGUGGCACUGUGGACAGUGUGGAGUCCCCAGACACACACCGACCUAAGGACCUGCCCCAAAUGCUGUGUAUCCCCUACCCCCUUUCAACAUCAGCCCUCCUUAGAGUGGGGCCUCCUUGCCUGGACUCUUCCCUGAGUGACCCCUGGGGAAGCCAGAGAUUCACACCAGGCCCCAGAAGCAGGGUGUAAGGGAAAGAAGACAGUAAGGCAGGGUGAGGGUGGGUCCCCAGGGGAGCCCUGGACCUGAGGGGCCCCUACGCCAGCAGGAGGGACCUGUGGUGGGCAUGGGGAGACCCAGGAGGGAUGGGUCUUGGGACUCAGUGUACAGUCGCCCCACCCAUCUUGACAGGUGCCUGCGGUCUGUGGAGUCCCGCCCUGGAGUCAUGAGGAAGGGGAACUGCAUGACCAGCAGCACAGCCCUGAGGAAGGGGCUGUAGUUGCAGCUUCUGUCUGACCCCCCACCCUGGUGGCCAAGGCCUCUCUGUCUCCCUGUUAUUCACCCACCACUUCCUGUCACCGGGCCUCUUCCACACCCUUUGUCUCUAUUUCUGCAAGGCUGACAUCUUUCCCACUUGUUCAUCCAUUUCCUUAACAAAAGGGGCAGGAUGCUCACUGGUGCCCGCUGUGUCCUGGCCUGGGGAGAGGGGAGAGGACAGAUAAUAAAGGCCCCACUCACCACCCCCUGCUGGGCAGAGGAAGGGUUGUCACAAAUGGGAGUAAGACCCAGUAACACAGGGGCACGUGCGCUGUGCAGGCUCACGGGGGGUCAGCCUUUGUGCCUCGGGUCUUCGGGGAAUGCAUCACAGUGCCUUUGCAUGGGUCAUGAGGACUCUGUAGGAAUCCUCCCAGCAAAGUUAGAGGGGACAGAUAUUUGUAGCAGAGAGAACAGCAUAUGCAAAGGCUCAGAGGCUGGAAAACCCUGGAGUGUUUUACAAAACAGGUCGAUGGGGUGUGGGGGCAUAUGUGUCUCUCUGAGUCAGUGGAAGGACAGGAGUGCGUAGGUGAGGACAGAGGUGGGGACACAGAAAAGGAGUGUCCUUACAGUCAUGACUGUAAGGACUCCCACAGCAGCCCUUGGGUCAGCUCAAAGCCGGAGACAGCAGCGGGGCCUCACUGGGGCUGCAUGGCUCUCAUCCAGGCUGAACAGAGGUGCUGAUGCUAAUUAGCUUCUCAGGUCACCCUUCAGUAAUGGGUACAAGAAUAAGGCUGUCGGGAGCAGGGGGCUCAGGUCUAGACAUGGGGACGGACUGGAUGCACAGCACAGGGCAGCCAAGACACAGGGAGGGUCAUGGGGAGUUUGGUUGCCCACUGACCCCUGUGGGAGGGAGGAAGGUGGGUGGGCCUGAACUUGGGCAGCCCUGAGCCCCUCUGCAGCUUCUCCAGUUCUGGGGCAACCCCUCCAGGCCCCGUGGUCUGACCUCCCCUCAGUCUGAGCCAGGCUGCCCUGGGAGGAGAUAAUGGGGUGAGGGGUUUAGGAAAAGUGGGCAUCAAAUGCUCAGACCCUCUACCCCCUGGCCAGCAAUGAGGAGCUGAGGGUCACCCCCAGUGAGGACAGGCAGGUUGGAAGGCUGUGCAAGGCCACCCCCUCCUCAGAGGGAAGCCUCCCUAGCCCUCGGCCUUGCUAGUGAGUGGGCCUGAGCACCUGUGCUCCUGGGGGCCUCCAAGUCCUUCUGGAGUUUCCUCCAAACCCACAGUGACCCCCAGGCUGUCCCAACUCCCACAGCAGCCCUCGGGUCAGCUCAAAGCCGGAGACAGCAGCGGGGCCUCACUGGGGCUG